CACUAACAGGAAGAGAGAGAGAGAUAUAGAGAGUAAGAGAGAAACAGAGAGUAAGGGAGAGAGCAAGAGAGAAGACUGUGAGAAACAUGUCUGUAGCUGAGUGUUUUCAGUAGAGAACUGAACUCUCUAGCUGAGUGUUUUCAGUAGAGAACUGAACUCUCUAGCUGAGUGUUUUCAGUAGAGAACUGGACUAUCUAGCUGAGUGUUUUCAGUAGAGAACUGGACUAUCUAGCUGAGUGUUUUCAGUAGAGAACUGGACUAUCUAGCUGAGUGUUUUCAGUAGAGAACUGAACUCUUGUCUGUAGCUGAGUGUUUUCAGUAGAGAACUGGACUCUAGCUGAGUGUUUUCAGUAGAGAACUGAACUCUAGCUGAGUGUUUUCAGUAGAGAACUGGACUCUCUAGCUGAGUGUUUUCAGUAGAGAACUGGACUCUCUAGCUGCGUGUUUUCAGUAGAGAACUGAACUAUCUAGCUGAGUGUUUUCAGUAGAGAACUGGACUCUCUAGCUGAGUGUUUUCAGUAGAGAACUGAACUCUCUAGCUGAGUGUUUUCAGUAGAGAACUGGACUCUCUAGCUGAGUGUUUUCAGUAGAGAACUGGACUCUCUAGCUGAGUGUUUUCAGUAGAGAACUGGACUCUCUGGCUGAGUGUUUUCAGUAGAGAACUGAACUCUCUAGCUGAGUGUUUUCAGUAGAGAACUGAACUCUCUAGCUGAGUGUUUUCAGUAGAGAACUGGACUCUCUAGCUGCGUGUUUUCAGUAGAAGACCAGGAUGUCUACGUCGUACCAGCCAUGGCACCAUGGUAAUAUCACCCGAUCUAAGGCUGAGGAUCUGCUCUCCAAAGCAGCUAAAGAUGGGAGCUUCCUCCUCCGGGACAGCGAGUCCAUACAGGGUGCCUACGCCCUCUGUGUUCUGUUCCAGAACUGUGUGUAUACCUACAGGAUCCUACCCAAUGAGGAGAGGAAACUCUCUGUCCAGGCCUCUGAGGGUGUCCCUAUCCGGUUCUUCUCUGUGCUGGCUGACCUGGUGGAGACGUACUACAGUCCCAACAUGGGUCUGGCUACACACCUGCAGUUCCCUGUUCAGAAAGAGGAGGAGCCAGAGGAGGAGCCAGAUCCAGCUAAAUACCCACCUCAGCUACCACCCAGGAACAUCUCAGGAGGGCUGUCAGGCAAUGGCAGUAAAGAGACCCAUGGGGGAGAGUCACAGACUUCAGAGCUCGCCUGUGCUUCCCUGAGAGACACAUACCUACAGAGGCUGCAACAGUUGGACAUGUCUAACCUGCCGGAAGAGCAUCAACAAUCCAUCCAGGAAUACUUCCACACCUCACUCUGUCUCGAUGCUGAGCAAGCCCAGAAUGGGAAUCCCAACUUUCCCCGUCUGAAAAAGCUCACUAUGGGAAUUUGCAAACAUCUUAACAGGGGAGGUUACCAUGUCAUGGAGGUGUCAGCAGAUUCAGGUCAGGCUGUGUCAUUCAGGCUGGAACAAAUGACCAAACUGCUCUACUCCAUCGAGGAUAAAGCCAAAGCUGCUCUGUUUGAGUCGGUAUUAUAUGAUGGAAGCCACAGGAAGUCUCUAAUACCACCUAUUACGUUUGAAGUCAAAUCAGAGUUGCUUGGUCUCACAAACAAGAUGUUCAUCAAGGUGGAUGUGGAAACUGGGAAGAUCUACUUCAAGAAAUAUAAAGACGGACCAGAAGAUAAAUACUUUGUACACAAUAAAAUUUUACAGCUGGUGAAAUCUCAGAAAGUUGCCAAACUGGUGAUCGUGGUGGAGACCGAGAAGGAGAAGACUCUGAGGAAAGAGUUUGUCUUCGACGAUACAAAGAAAAGAGAGGGGUUCUGUCAACUCCUUCAGCAGAUGAAGAACAAGCACUCAGACAAGCCUGAGCCAGAUAUGAUCACUGUGUUCGUUGGCACCUGGAAUAUGGGUAACGCCAGUCCCCCGCACAGCAUAGCAUCCUGGUUCCAGUGUAAGGGUCAGGGCAAGACCAGGGACGACACGGCCGACCACAUUCCUCAUGACAUCUAUGUGAUCGGGACUCAGGAAGAUCCCCUGGGGGAGAAGGAGUGGAUAGACACGCUGAAGAGUGCCUUGAGAGGAAUCACCAACAUCAGCUUCAAACAAAUAGCCAUCCAAACGCUAUGGAACAUCCGCAUCGUGGUGCUAGCCAAGCCAGAGCACGAAAACAGAAUCUCACACAUCUUUUCAGACAGCGUUAAGACAGGGAUCGCCAACGCACUGGGAAAUAAGGGAGCAGUGGGCGUGUCCUUCAUGUUCAACGGUACUUCCUUUGGCUUCGUCAACAGUCACCUGACUUCAGGGAGCGAGAAGAAGCUCAGACGCAACCAGAAUUACGUCAGCAUCCUACGGUUCUUGAAUCUUGGAGAUAAGAAACUGAAUCAUUUUGACAUCACACAUCGAUUCACUCAUCUGUUCUGGCUCGGGGAUCUGAAUUAUCGAAUCGAAUUGCCAUCCACAGAAGCCGAGAGCAUCGUGACCAAGAUCAAACAGCAGCAGUACCAGGAACUGCUGUGUAGAGACCAGCUCACCAUUGAGAAAGGAGAAGGGAAGGUGUUCCUACACUAUGAUGAGGAGGAGAUCACGUUCGCGCCCACGUAUCGUUUCGAGAGAGACACACGCGAGAAAUAUGCCUACACCAAGGCCAAAGCCACUGGGACUAAAUACAAUCUGCCAUCAUGGUGUGAUCGCGUUCUACGGAGGUCCUACCCCUUGGUGCAUGUGUUCUGUCAGUCAUACGGGUGCACCAAUGACAUUAUGACCAGUGACCACUCUCCAGUUUUCUCCACAUUUGAAGUUGGAGUUUCAUCACAGUUUGUCUCCAAGCACGAUCCCAACAGUGUGUCUCAGGGUGGGAUCAAGUUCAUGAACUGUGUUGCCACCCUGAUGACAAAGUCCAAGACCAAGUUCUUCCUCGAAUACCACUCCAGCUGCUUAGAGAAAUUUGUCAAGAGCUCCGAAGGAGAGAACCAAGAUCACUCUGAUGGGAACAUCAAGGUUCGGUUUGGAAAUCAAGUUGAGCUCGUCCCGAUCAUCUCAGACCCAGAGUAUCUGCUGGAUCAGCACAUUCUCCUGUGUGUCAAGUCCACAGACUGUGAUGAAUCCUAUGGAGAGGGCUGUGUGGCUCUGCGAGCGGCAGAGUCCUCCUACACAGAGUUCCAGGUGACGCUGACGCACCACGGCGAGCGGACAGGCACCCUGACAGGGGGAGUACAACUGCGUACUUCUGGGGGCAAACAGACCGAGAAGUUAUACGAUUUCAUCCAAGUGGAAAGGGAUGAUUCUGGUGCCCCAAAAGGAAAAGGAGUGGAUCCCAACAACAAGUUCGCUUUUCCUCAUCCCACUGAUAUCACCAACCCCAGUUACAUGGGGGUGGGCUACAAGUCUGUAGGUGUGGCAGACAGGGGCUGGAGCUACAGCAUGUCCCUCAGAUCAGGCACCGGAGGUGGGGGUGUCGGUGGGCACGGGGGCAAAGACCAGACCCCCAUCUUUCCCAGAAAGACUGUCUACGACCACAACGCUGUGCGAAGCCCCACAGGAAAAGCAGUGGAUAACGUGGGUGAGGACGGGAAACCAGCGGAGAUGUUUGACAACCCUCUGUACGGCUCCAUGGGAAAGUCUGGAGGAGGAGCUAAAGACUCACCAGACCCUCAGUCCUCCAAGGACCACCUGACCGCUCCAGAACCCUACUUCUCCUUCCCCAAACCCUCUGACCAGGACCUUGACCGCCCCCCGGUCCCCACCCCGCGUAACCGCUCUUACACCUGUUCAGAGACCAAGCCCCCAUCUUCCGGCCCUACCUCCUUCACCUCCCUCCAUCCCCUGUCCUACACCAAGAACCCUGUGAAACCGUCACGCUCCGAGGGGGGCAUGGUACUAACGGCCAAUAAGCCGCCUCUGCCCAUGAAGUCCCGCCCAGGCCAGGCGGAGGCCACGUCCACUAAACCCAGAGACUACCGAGACAGCUCGGAGCUGCCCAGCAAACUCCGCCCAACUUCAAGGCCCAUCCAGCCCCUCCCCAAAGAAGCUCUUCAUGAGACAACUCAACCCUCGAAGAUGGGCCGUUCAGUGAAGUGACUGUCUGCUCCUGUCCUAGACGUUGGAAAUGAGAUGUUAAAUGGGGGUGCUAGUGGCAGAUGAUACGAUACAACGUCUCGCCCAGUCACUCCACGGCUCGUCUCACUGACUCUCCCUAAAACAUGUUUCUGUACAAACUCGUCGUUCCUUUUCCAUAUAUUACUGGUAGUCCAUAAGACAUUUUAGGAAUCGUCUUCAUGUCUCCUCUUUUGUCUCGUGGAUUUGUUUUUGUAGAGUCCACCUUAUACAAAGUAUCAGUGUUCUGUUUUUGCACACAGACGUUGACCACCACAAGAACUCUUUAGAUUACAGGAAUCAUUUUGAAGACUUUUGAAAACAAUCUGAAUGUGUGUUCCUUGUAUCUGGUGUUUGGUCAAAUCAAUACUAUUAAACUAAAAGGUAUGAGACUCA